UCUCAUGUGGCAACGUAUUUAUUAACCAACUCGAUGCCAGUCAAGUCCGUAAUCCUCUCGGGAAUAUAAAACACCAUGAUUAAGAACUCUUCGUGCGUAAAACAAAUCUUAGAGUCACCUUAAUUUUUUUUAACAGAACUGAAUUUGCCUUACCACUAUAACCUAACUUGAUUACAUACGUUUGUAAUAGAUGUCGACGAUGUGGCGAGGAAAACAUUUACUGUUGCAGAGUCGCUUAACCUUUCAGUGUGUAGAGUUCCAAUCUCGAAGCGUUUCAUUUCAGCAAAACGAUAAGGACAUUGAAACCAGACGACGGAAUUUAGAAAAGGCAAGAAGUAAAUAUCAAUUGGAGCAAAAAACAUUCAAAUUAACAGAGGACCAAAGGAAUGAAGUCAAUGUGGUUGAUGUUCCACCAUUGAUACACACAGUACCAAGGGAAGAAAACAGAUCAAUUAUAGACAUGAUACGCUUUACUGGGACAGGUGCUUUUUACAAGGCAUAUCAGCUGCUUUAUGGAAGAGGAAAAUGGAAAAUACAGGACAUGAUCAACCAUUUUAAAACAAGUUAUUGGUUGUCGAAACCAAACAAACCAAUGGGAUUCGAGGUAUGGACACAAGAAUCAGUAGAUAAUAAUCAACAAACACCAUUACAAAGAAAACAAGCUGACCACUGGUUUGCAUGGCAAAGGUUGAACGGAGUAACUCGCAAUCUCAUCAGACGAGUUCAUGAAGUCCCUCAACAGUUUGAUUCCUUUUUGGACACCAUUCAAGACAAUCAUCCAUAUCUUGAGGGACUGACGCUAAGUAAACAUGCUCAAAACGGGACAUUGUAUACUGUAGACCUCACAGACGUUAAUAUGGGUGAAGUAAAGCCUGCUGCUCCAAUGGCUUUAUUUACAGUAUGGAAAUCCAAAUUGUUGAUGCCAGUAGCUAUCAACAUAGAUGCUAAUCUACCAAAUGCAGAGGUAUUAACGCCUUCUACGGUAGGCACAGCUAAGGACGUUCGGGCUUGGGUGAACGCAAGAAUAUGGUUCAACAUGGUUGAUGCCCAGUUUCACGAAUCAAUCACACAUUUAGGUUUCACACACAUGCUUAUGGAUGGUGUGAGUGUUUGUAUGCACAGAAAUCUCUCAGACAGACACCCUAUCUACAAGUUGCUUCUGCCACACUUCCAGUAUAUGCAUAUCAUUAACAAAAAUGCUCAGGAUGACUUAAUUGAACCAGGAGGAUUUGUGGACAAAGACAUGUACUUUGGAAAUAUCCACAUGCUAAAACUCAUAGCCAGGCACAACAAAAACUGGACAUAUCCUACCAAUGCAUCCAUUCAUGCUAGCCUGAAUUCCAGAGAAGCAAAUGAUAUACCGGGAUAUUUCUUCAGAGAUGAUGCUUUGCGUUUGCAUAGAGCAAUUAAUCAAUUUGUUUCAGAAUAUGCCUCACACUAUUACAGAAAUAAAGACCUGAAUGUUCAUAGCGAUCAAGAGAUUCAAUCAUUUAGACAGGAACUUGUACGUCCGAGAUCAAUGAAUGGGGGAGGAGGCUGUGGAAUGAAAGGUAUUCCGGAAUUCGACAACAUCCAAAACCUUGUUGAUGUUUUGACAAAUUUCAUCUACAUCUGUAGCGUGGAACAUUCUGCGACCAAUUUUCCUCAGUACGACCAAUAUGCUUUCCCACCUAACAUGGCAGCGACAUUGCAUGACAAGCCUGAUACAUGUAGAUCAGUGUUGAAUCUUGAUCACGCUAUGCCUAAUGGCUAUGAAAUGUUCUCAGCAAUUGCAGUAAUGAAGGUGUUGACUCUAGUACUCACCAACAGCCUUGGAAGCUACGAAUCUUCCUAUUUAAAUGCUAUGGACAACGAAGGGAGAUCUUUUGUCCGGAAGUUUCAAAAAGAUUUGGCAAUCAUACAGAAAGAAAUACACCAAAGAAACGACGCCAUCAUUGCAAACAACAAAGAGAAUGAUGUUCAGGAAUACCCGUAUGAAUGGCUUCUUCCAGUAAAAGUUCUAAACUCUAUAAGUAUCUAAUCAAAAGCGAAAACGUAGAUGUAAAAAACCUGAAAACAAACAUAUGCUGUUAGUUUAAAACGGCAGAUUACAUCUGCUUAUCAUCAGAUAAGAAGAGUGUCUCAUAACACCGAAGACAAUUUUUCUUGACCUUAUAUCUUGCCUGUUUCCAAAUUUUCAACAUUCUUAAUAUUUAGUUUCAUUUUGAGGUGUGAUUUGUUGUGCAAGAUUAGUUAAGCUGAUUAAUGUUUUAUUUGUAUACAUAUUGAUAUAUUCUUGUAUAUCAAAUAUAUGUAUAUAGGUGUCUUUGCAUGCAUAAAAUUAUUGUUCACCAUUUCAUAUGUGUACAGGCAAACAAAUAUCCAUAUAUCCGUAUAUUUUUUU